AUGGCCACUCCUACACUCCUGACCAGAUCUGUUUCUGUCCCCCGCCACCCCUACACUCCUCACCAGAUCACUUUCUGUCCCUGGCCACCCCUAAACUCCUCACGAGAUCAGUUUCUGUCCCAGGCCAUCCCUACACUCCUCACCAGGUCCCUUUCUGUCCCUGGCCACCCCUACACUCCUCACCAGAUCAGUUUCUGUCCUUGGCCUCCCCUACACUCCUCACCAGAUCAGUUUAUGUCUCUGGACACCCCUACACUCCUCACCAGAUCAGUUUAUGUCUCUGGCCACCCCUACACUCCUCACCAGAUCAGUUUAUGUCUCUGGUCACCCCUACAAUCAUCACUUGAUCACUUGCUGUCCCCCAUCACUACACUCCUCACCAGAUCAGUUUCUGUCCCUGGCCAUCCCUACACUCCUCACCAGAUCACUUUCUGUCCCUGGCCACCCCUACACUCCUCACCAGAUCAGUUUCUGUCCUUGGCCACCCCUACACUCAUCACCAGGUCACUUUCUGUCCCUGGCCACCCCUACACUCAUCACCAGGUCAGUUUCUGUCCCUGGCCCGCCUAUACUCAUCACCAGAUCACUUUCUGUCCCUGGCCACCCCUACACUCCUCACCAGAUCACUUGCUGUCCCCCAUCACUACACUCCUCACCAGAUCAGUUUCUGUCCCUUGCCACCCCUACACUCCUCACCAGAUCAGUUUCUGUCCCUGGCCACCCCUACACUUCUCACCAGGUCACUUUCUGUCCCUGGCCACCCCUCCACUCGUCACCAGAUCAGUUUCUGUACCUGGCCACCCCUACACUCGUCACCAGAUCAGUUUCUGUACCUGGCCACCCCUACACUCAUCACCAGAUCAGUUUCUGUCCCUAGCCACCCCUUCACUCCUCACCAGAUCAGUUUCUGUCCCUGGUCACCCCUACACUCCUCACCAGAUCUCUUUCUGUCCCUGGCCACCCCUACACUCUUCACCAGAUCACUUUCUGUCCCCCUCCCCUACACUCCUCACCAGAUCACUUUCUGUCGCCCACCACUACACUCCUCACCAGAUCACUUGCUGUCCCCCUCCCCUACACUCAUCACCAGAUCGCUUUCUGUCCCUGGCCCCCCCUACACUCUUCACCAGAUCACUUUCUGUCCCCCUCCCCUACACUCCUCACCAGAUCACUUUCUGUACCUGGCCACCCCUACACUCCUCACCUGAUCAGUUCCUGUUCCUCUCCCCUUCACUCCUCACCAGAUCAGGAUUUGUCCCUGGCCACCCCUACACACCUCACCAGAUCACUUUCUGUCCCUGA